UGUUGUUGUCUGCGUUAAGGUCAACUCGCCGACUUGACGCAUACUUCCUCCAGGCAAACGUUUGCGCAGCGGCGCUGUGGCUUCAUAGUCGUGAAGGCAGGCGCCGUCUUAACUUAAUAAGAAGGGCGGUUCUUGCGCAACGGGCGACGUCCUCCCGCCUCCCCGAGUCCCCAAACUGGGCUUCACCAAGCAUCUUCGGCUUUGCAGGGCAAUAUUGUGCCCUUUAUACUGGAAGGAAGGCUAAUAGAGCUGUUGUCACUAACGCGGCGAAGUGGUGGUCAGAAUGCCGCAUGUUGCAUACCGUCUACCUCUAGGACGCUCGGAAGAUAACACGUCAGGCCUCAGCCUUGCCGAAGCCAGCCUUAAUAUGGAAUUAUCAGCCGCUGGUUGCAGCAGCAGCCGAGGCGUAGGUCAGCAGGUCGCUUUGAAUUCACGGGAAGCAAGCCUCAAUGGCGGUGCGCCUGUCCGACAGCAGCGCCAAGUCAGCGCGCCGGGAACCUCGAACGAAGCACAGUUCGCAGGUUUUCCUUGCAGCAAAACUACACAAGGACCUUCGUUUGUUGCCGUACCGCCUCUUCAGCCGCAGCAGCGUCAGGGCUCCAAUGAAAGCGAAGAUUCCCUUGACGGUUCCGGCAUGCCUCCUGACGGUCUAGCGGCGAUUCCAAAGGCACGGCGGCGGCGCUCAAGUUGGGCUGCGGGCGCCUGGCCGACCCAGAUGGCGACCCACCACGCAGCCAGUGGCUUGGAGGCGCUCUCUCCCGACGACCUAUACCGUCAGUUCGUUGCCAUCCGCGACGCAGUGCUCCAGAAAACAACCGGUAACGGCAGCAGCAUGCGCUAUCACGUGGACGGCGAGUGCUUCGAAAGCGACGGUCGCAGCAGCUGCCCCGCAGCACCCGGUAGGUACUCCGCCCGUGCCAGUGGCCUCUUCCCCACCCAAGACGACAGCUGCUCCUCCUUUCCCACGGGACGAGAUGUCGUACACCAGGACUGCGGGACUAACACCAGCACCAGCAUUUCGAGAACGGCAGCGGCAGAGCUGCCUCCCGAGUGUCCUGCGGAACUACCUGUACCGAUGGCGGCAAUCGAGGCGGCUCCAGCAGUCCCCUUGCUGGCUGCGGACGUUGAAGGCCAAGGCAUGGAGGGACCGAGGAACCGGAGACGGGCUCCGGCCCAGCACCGCGGGCAACACGAACCGUCGGGCAUAAAGUCGCCGCAUCGUUUAAGUCAUGCGACCUACGCUGACAGCCGCUUUGAACCAGACAGAAGUUCUGCGACGGAGGUCGCUGGGUCAACGGCUACGGCAACAGUAGCAGCGGCGGACAAACCGGCGAUGGCGGCGAAGUCGGGACAGCAGCACCCUCAGCUGCCGUUGACCAAGUCUCAGUCACCUGAGGAGCAGGGGCUGCAGGAGGUGCAAGUGAAGGAACAACAGCAGCAGCAGCAACAACAACCGCGCAGGCCCCCCAUCUUGGUAGACCUGCAGCACUUCUUCCGCUCGCCGCCGGGACCUCAGACGCCCUCCUCUUCGCCCUGUGCCUCACCCUCACAAGCCGGCUGCGAAGGCGAGGGUGAUGACGUCGAGGGCGUGCCAAGGCCGCUGUCGCCUUUCCAGGGUGCUGUGUCCUACGCCGUUGAUUGCAUGAGGCCGCCAGCCGCCUCGGCAUCGCCGUGCAACAAUGCGCUCUAUCGUGGUGCUGCUGCUGUUGUUGCUACUGCGGCUCCAGCAACCGCGACUGUCGUAAAGCCGGUACUGGGGCCCUUGGUUGCCUCUGAGGCAGGGGUAGACGGUCCUUGCACUGCCGCUGCUUGUGCUGGUGGCGGGGAUGCUGCUGACGCGGCAACGGCAGUUGGCGGCGGCAGCGGUGAGGUUGGCGGCACAGCAGCUGCGUUGGCAUGUGGCGUCCCGUUGGUUGGUGCCAGCGGUUCCAUUCCCCACACGGACAGCCUCUUUUCGCUUCAGCCCUCUGGCGAGCCGCAAUCCAGUUUGCGUGCGGCCAGCGAGAGUUCUUGGCAGGAACAGCAGCUGCCGUUGCAGCAGCAGACGCGGUCGCGCUGGUCCAGUGUUGGUGGGAAGAGCGGCGGCGGCGGUGCUGCGAGGUUGCUGGUGCUGCAGGAGGACUUGCCGGCGGCGGCGAAGUCUGGUUGCGUUGGCAGUGGAAACGACCGCCGAGGCGCCCCUGUGGAGCUUGCCAACGUCAGCUGUGACGACACGAAGGGCGGGGAGGCCGGAGGAUACCUGUCUGCUGCGCCUGACGUGCUGUCUGAAGGGGAUAUGGUGUGCAUUGGGCGCUGCACCCCAGCAGGCGGGCUCCUCACCACAACAAGGGUAUCUCCGAACCGUUCGAGCGCCGGCUCCACCUCCGGCGCUGUCGCUGGGGACAGCCACGCUGGCAGCAGCCGCCUUGCACAUGCUAACGCAGGUGAUGAUGAGGAUGACAGGGUUGGCGUUCAUGGUGAUGAUGAGGUGGAAGAGGACAAGGGGCAGCAGCAGGACGCUAAUGCCGUACAAGAGGAUGAUGAACAUGACAUGGUGGUACGGUCCGACAGCCAAGGCAGCGUCAUCCGCAGCCCUAGUAGCCGCCAGCACACCAGUUGCAGUGGCUUUGACAUUUCCGAUAUGGGUCAACCCGGCUGCGGUGCUGGCGCCGGCUGCGGUGGUGUUGGUGUUGGUGGUGGUGGUGGCGGUUUUACCUCGGAUUACCAGAGGGCCAUGGACUCUGCGGCCAAGCGAACCUUACUGCCGCUUCCAGGGAUCCCAACCGCUGGGCUUGCUGGCGGCAACAGUGGUGUUAUCAGCAGUGCCGGUAGUAGCAUGCGCACUGUUAGCAGUCUAGGAGGCCCCUCCGCCAGCGAACGCGGUAGCGGUGCCGCCGGCGGCAAUGGAGGCAGCAACCCGCCUCUUACAGCAGCCUCCUCUGGUGACGCGGCUGAUGCGGUCCCGAUCCUAGCUCCGGCCCCGGAUUGCAACCGUUCGACGCUUGCACCUUCGUACGUUCCGUUACCGUUGCCGGGCCUCCAACAACCAGUCGUGGCGUCUGCGUUACUACCUCGUACGGCUUCGGACGGUCGUACGACGGCGCUUGCAGCCGCCGCAGGUUCCGUUGCAGGCUCUCCAGGGCCAGGGGCAUGCAAGCAACAGCAGCAGCCAGCGUGGUUGCCCUCCUCGCCUUCGUUAGUGGCUGCCACCGCGUCAACUGUUCGCAAAUGCUUGGACAAGGGCCUGCCUUUUGCAGUGAUUGCUAAUGAGCAUUUCGCUGAGGUGGUUGCGGCAGCGGAGCAACAUGAUGGGCCACUGGCGUUCCACAUCCUGUCCAACCAUGCCACGUACUUUCCGGGCAUCGGGCGCCACGCCACGAGCAACGGCGGCGGCGCUACGGACCUUGCGCCGUACGGCAGCAACAGCAAUGGCAGCGGCGGAGGUGGUUUUGGAGGCGGGCUAUUCAGGCGGCAUGCCUCGGCUGCGGCGACGGCAGCGGCCACCACGAUUCGUCGUCUGCUCGAUGAGGCCGUGCCGGUGCACGUCAUGUCGCCAUGCGAGUAUCAGCGACUCCUGCUUGCUGUUCAGUACGGAGUACGGCAACUGCACGACAUGCUGGUGGCUCAGCCGACGAUUUCCACAGCUGCCGCUGUGGCGGCGGCCGCAGCUGCCUCCGCCAGCCCUAGGGCAGCAGCCGCUAGCAUGGACUCUUCCGCUGCCAGUGCAUCCUCUCCAAUCGGCCGCAGGACGCUGCCUUUGCCGCCGCCAGCGGGGUCCGUCGCCGCCACAUUGGUCCGCCGCCACCGUCGCGGCAGCUCCAUUGGCAGCGAAAACAGCUUCACGGCGGCUGUCGUACGAUUCAAGUCAAUGGGGGAUACGGCACUAAGCACCAGUCCUGCACCUGGCGGCGGUGCCGCCGGGGCACCGGUGUCUGCGUCCCCGGCCUCUGCGUCAGCUGUGGCACCGGGCCUGCUGCAGACGUCCUGCCGGGUGCGAGCGCUGGUGGCUGCUGCGCUGCAAGGCAAUGUAGCCCGAGUGGCAUACCUUGUGGAGCACGGCGCCGACGUGAACGCGACUGAGGGCCCCACGCAUCACCGGCACCACCAAUCACACCCGCUGCUCGGUAUCCGCAGCCCGGCCGCUGCUUGCGAGGCCGCCUCGAGCGGCGCCGCUGACGCAACAGGAAGCCUUGAUAGCGGCGGAGGCGGCGCCUCGGGUGGCCGUACGGCACUGCAUUAUGCGGCGGAGGCGGGAUCGUUUGGUGUGGUGCAAUUGCUGCUGCAUUACGGCGCGUUUGUGGGCGUGCGGGAUGGCGCAGGUCGUACGGCAUAUGAUUUGGCUCGCCGCAAGGGUCAUGAGGCUGUUGCUCAGCUGCUGAAGGACGCAGCGGACCGCCGUCGCGAUGUCGUACGAAGCUGCGCCGCCGAGAGCAAGGCCGCUGCCGCCGCCGCGGAUACAGCUGCAAACGCCAAGGAACGGCCCGCUGCCAGUGAUGGCAAGGAUGCUGCCGAUGCUGCUGUAUCCAAGGAUGCUGUCGCUACGUCUGCUAGUGCGGCUAGUGGUACUGCUGCUACGGGUGCCGCAGCCGCAGGAGAGAAGAAGCCUAAUUUCUUUUUGCGGUUGACGCCGCGUGGCUCGCGUCCCGAGCCGCAGACGCCCCGCAGACAGGCUGUCAGCGAGGGGGGUUGCACGACAACCACCACCACCGGCACAACAGGAGCUGCCCCCGCUGCUCCUGCUUCUGCUGGGGAUGCGACAGCGGCAACAACCUCAAAGGCAGGGUUUCCAGUGGACUCCACCGUCCCGACAGUCAGGAACGACGCAACAACAGUAACAGCAGCGGCCACAGGGCUUUCUAUGGCGGCAGGAGUACAUGUUGGCGUCGCCGAGGAAGCAGCAGCAGCAGCCACCGCAGUAGCAACCAUCACGACAACGACGCCGCACAUGGGCAUGGUCGGCGAGCCCCUGUCCUCAUCAGAGCCCUCGGAGAAGAGCAUGAUGGCGUCUCAGGAGCACCACCCGUCGAAGCACCCGGAACAGGGACCAAUGAAACUGUCAAAUAAGACAUGUUUGCAGGCAGGGCAGAAGCAGCAUGAAGGUGGUGCUGCGGUGCAGGUCAAGGAGAAGCCACGUGGCCGUAGUGGAGGCGGCCUACUGAGCUGCCUUUGGUGCGCCGGAGGGUCUGGCAGGUGAUGGCUCGUUGCUCGGAAAGAAACGACAGCAGGUUUGGUUGGUGGAGGUGCGAGCGUGAGAGUGGGGAGUGGGGCAAUGCCUUGUCAUGCAGGGAGGCGUAUGCUGCGAGCAUGGAGAAGCUCGAAAGUAGGGAUUCGGCAAAAGGUAGCUCUUGUAGGGACCUCUGAUGCAGGGACGGCGUGUGUGUAUGUGAAGGUGCCUGGGCGGGAUGUGAGCGCGCAUGCUACAUGGGCGGGUUGUUUCCACCGAGUGUGGGCGGUGUUGGCUGGUAGGAACAUGCAGAGGAUGGGCAGUGCGGAAGCGGAGUGCAUGCAUGCCUUUGGUUUCGUGCGUGAUGAUGGCAUGGGCGGCAAGGAAGCGAGGAAGGUUGUUGGAGUUGUGGACGGGGCGGGAUGGGUAUAUAAGGGGUAUAUAAGUCUUGUGGUUGCCUCUGGAACGAUAUGUAUCAUGUAUUUGAGCGGCGGUUUGUGCUGUGCGGGCUGGGGCCUUGGCGUACGCUUUACGCUUUGCGCGUAUGAGUGCAAAGCACGGGAGCAGGGUAGGCGUGCGGAUGGGUGCGUGUAUUACGUACGUGUGUGUGUGUGUGUGUGUAUGCACAGCUGCUUCUGCAGACACGGAAUACCGUAACUGCGCCUGUGGACUGGGCUAAUGAGCAGGAGGCACCUCUGCUUCUUGUUCUUGCUUUUUCUUUAGUUUCUCGCUUCAAGAAGGUCGUGAUCCAUGUGUUUGUGUUUUCCUACAUGCGACCUCCCGUUAAGUUAGUUAUGACUAUGCACGUUUCGCAGCCGGGUCUUCUGCACGGUAGAAGUAUAGUAGGUACCCGGCUUGUACGGUAUAAAUGGUUAGCCCGUGCAUUUUAGCUAAUUUUGCUCUGUCUGUAUCCUAGUGCGUGCCGACUGAGGGUCAAAGGUCGAGCAGCGAUCUAGCACGCCUGCUUGCUCGUCGUGUAAGGUGGCUCGUGCGAACUGUUGUUGCAGUGCCGGUGCUGUGCGUUGGCCCGCUCUAACACGGCGGUGUCACGUGAUGCCAGCAUGUAGGGACAAUGGCUUCAUCCCUCGUGUGGUACGGCAUUUCUGCUCCUCCUCGUGCUGUUUCUAUAGAAGCUGGGGUGCUUCGUGACUGUGAACGGCAAUGUGAUCCAUGGAUGUUGGUUGGCUUUUGCGGUUUGUGGUUUGUGAGUCUUCGCGAGUUGGCCUCUCGGACGUGGGGAUUGGGCACACGUCUGUAUGGUGGCCUCACCUGGUGGGGUUAGUCCCGACAAGAGCUCUGUGACGUGUUCAGCAUGCGUUUGUUUACCUAAGAAGUUAUGGAUAGAUUAGAUUAAUUAGGCGACUUAGUCAAUGCUUGGAUAUAGCACACGCACCGUAUAGCAACUGUAGUGUACAGAUCUUAGGGGUUAGGCGGCUAGGAAUGUGCCUGUAUAGCGACAGGUUAGUCGUAGCUAGUACAUUAGGACGUGAAGACCAUGAUAACCGUACACACACGGAGGUUACACACGGGUUCUUCAGCAGUGACGUUACGUCAAGUACGGUGGAGAAUGGCUUCCGGCGUUGAAGGAGCGAGCCGGGUCAGUAGGCCUCAGGCGUGCGAGGUAGUAUGCACGGUGGCAUCUGGAUUGCCAACGCGCCUGGGCUUGUAAAUAUUUUUUGA